AGUGCAAUAAAAGGCUUCAAAGUUCCUGUCAUACUUCCAGUUGAGACGUCUGAAGCAAGUCGCAUUGAAGUUGAAGAAUGCACCAGGCAUAUUAUAUUUACUGCUGAAACUCACAACUUUCCUACAGGUAUGUUAUUUCAAUUAGAUGUACAGCUUAAGAAUAUUUUUGCCAUUCAGUGCCUACUGAUAUGAUAUAUUGAUAUAUGUAUAUUGACAAAACAUGCAGUUGCAUAAAAAUGGAUAUAAAACAUUUCUGAUUAACUCAAUAUCAAAAUUUCUUUCAAAUCACAAUGACAAUUCUAUGCGGCGUUCGUAACGUUUUUCCCACAAGAUUCUAUGUAUAUGUUGUCCCCAUACCUUAAACCAACCUAUACAUCCUCUUUGCAUCGUCUGUAUGAAGUUCCAGAUGCCAUUGUUGGCAAGGAGGUGGUCAUGAAUAACUCCGAGAUUGUCACCCUCUACGACGACAAGGAUGGUUGAAGCGAGUCAGUUAAUGACAAAGAAUAUAAUAUCACAAAAACAACCUACAGUAUGCAGCUCUUGUGAAAUCGCAGUUAGAGAGCUUGUCUAAAUCUGUCUCAGAAUCAUCCUUAGAGCCAACUUUAGAAUCUUUACCAUCUGUCAACAAUAACAAUGAAAACGGUCAACAAUCGCCACAAUUAGGUACGAUUAAUGAUGAUGGUUUUAUUGGUGUUGAGAGCAAAAGGAAAAGAAAUUAAAUUUUUUUCUUAUCCGGCAUUGCUAAUGGUGUAAAAGAGAACCAUAUAUACACAUAAAAGGAACAUAGUUCCCAGCAGCAUUUUAACCUUCCAAAGUAGGAGAAAAGCUACAAUGUCUGCAAAAAUAUGUAUCCCUUCAACAUUUGCUAAAUCUGUAUUGGAAGAGAAUUUCGGGCCUAAAUUUGUCCAUUGUAAACUAUGGCAAAAAGAGACUGUUCGAAAAUCCGGCUCGCACACUAGAAAUGAAAAUGCUAAGACCCAAAGCUAUAAGGGACCCCAUUCAACUCUUGUAUAAUGGCUAAUCAAACACCAGUACGAAUAUCAGCUAGAAAAUUUUCAGCAAAAAAAUCUAAACCACGCCACUCCUGCAGAAACUUAAUUAAAGUUAAAAUUAUCGGAUGUGAAACCAGCAAACCUGGACAAAUUCCUAAAUGUUUAGUGCUGAUCGCUAGUUAAGCCUGAUGCUUAUCCUGCACUCUAUGCUGAACUUAAUAGCAACAACAUUGAUCUCUGUUUUAUAUCUGAAACGUGGCUUCAUUCAGCUAUACCAAGUUCACUGAUUUGCCUUCCUGGUUACGGUAUUUCCAGGAAAGAUUGACAGGAUACACGUGGAGGUAGAGUAGCGAUACUUUGUAGGAAUGAUUGGAGAAUGGGAAACAUACUAGAAGUAGAAAAUAUGUGCGAAUUCAUUUGGAUGAAAAUAAUAUUGUAACUAAAAACUCUGUGUUUAGUGUUGCAGCAAUUUAUCAUCCCCAGGCGAUUAUAGCUAUGACGCCAAAGAUUUGAUAGACUAUUUGAUUGAUUCUUGUGAGCAAAUUUUAUUGCGUGAUCCAAAUAAGAAUAUUAUUAUUGCUGGAGAUAUAAACAAACUAAAUAUUCAUGAUCUACUUAGUCAGCAAUCCCUUAUUCAAAUGGUCAAAACACCUACGAGAUGCAACAAUAUUCUAGAAGUCUUUAUAACUAACGUUCCGCAUUAUUGGAAAAAAGUACAAGUGAGAAAAGGUAGAUCUGAUCAUAACAUUAUUAUAACAUCUCAGAAAGAUGCUAUAAAAGCAGAAAGAACAAAUUUAUUCUUCAGAGACGUGCGAGACCAUAGAAAACAAAGAAUGUUUAAUGAUUUAGACUCUGUUAACUGGAUUAAAAUAAUAAACGAGGAGCUUUCCUCUAAUGAGAUGGCUACACAAUUUUAUGAAACUCUAUGGCCUAAAUUUGAAACUUGUUUCCCACUAAUAAAAGUUCGAUGAUCAUCGUGUGACCCACCGUUCAUGUCUCCGCUUGUUAAGCACUUGUUAAAAGAGAGAAAAUAAGCAAUGAGAACGAAUGAUGAAGAGACAAUUACUCGUUUACAGAAUCAAAUUAAUCGUCUUAUCCACUCCAACCAGGUUAAUGCUGUUAAAAAUGAGAAAAAUGGAUCUAAGAAAUGGUGGAGUAAAGUUAACAGUAUGACUGGAAGAAAAGGAAACACUAUACCAGUUAGUUCUAUAAUAGAGCCAAGUGUAAUAAGCACUUACUUUCAAGGCAUAAAUACUGAUCCUGAAUACACUGCUCCCCGGUUGCUAUCGAUCCCUAAGGACACCAGAAUUCCCUUGCUUUCAUUAGACAUGGUGCAUAAUUUUUUGCGAAAAUUGAAACUCACAACAUCCGGACCUGAUGACAUACCAUACUGGUUUUGGAAGACGUACGCAGUGAUAUUGACUCCUGUUAUAACGAGAAUAUUUAAUACUUCUCUGAAGAGUGGGAAGAUUCCGAAUGUUUGGAAAAGAGCUGAUGUGAUACCCAGUCCAAAAGAAAAGUCAAUUCCUGUUCCCAACUUAGACCUAUCUCAUUAACAGAUAUCAUUAUGCGCCUAUUUGAGAAAUGUAUCAAAGUGAAGUUGCUGAUACAGUGUAUAAUUAUAUUGGGGGUGACAAUUUGCAUAUGAAAAAGGGCAUAAUUCUACCAUGGCCCUAAUAAAAUAUCAACAUAUGUGGUUAAAAAGCCUUGAUGAAGGUGCUAAAUCAGUUAGAGUAAUCUCAUUUGACUUUAGUAAAGCAUUUGAUAGUGUCCCACAUGAUAUUUUGUUUAAUAAAAUCAAGAAAAUACCCAUUAAUCCAUAUAUUAUAAACUGAAUGAUUGACUUUUUGAACAACCGCAGACAGAGUGAAAGUUGAUGGUGUCACAACUGAAUUUCUAGACAUUAAUCGUGGCGUAACCCAGGGUACUGUACUUGGACCUGUAAUGUUUACUAUAAUGGUCAAUGAUAUCAAGGCGGUGAAUCUCUCCAAUGAUUUAUCUAAAUUUGCUGAUGAUAUUGCAAUAAUAGCACCAGUUUAUGAUUACGAAGAUUCAGCUGGGGAUGAAGUAGAAAACAUGAAACUAUGGUUAAACGAGAAUAGAAUGUCUUUAAACAUGGAGAAAACCUAUGAAAUGAUAGUUCGCGGAAAAGUGUCUACUCCCCUUCCGGAUCACAUUCCAUCCAUAAAACGGAAAGAAUGGCUCAAAUUAUUGGGUGUCACGAUGGAAGAAAUACCUGGAAAAUGGGAUAAACAUUUUGAAAAAAGCUUGAAGAAGAUUGUAUAUUCUAAGUGUUUGUAAACAUUACGGACUCUCUACGCAUCAAUUGGAUCUUCUCUUCAAUAGUCUUAUAGUCUCUCUUUUAACCUUUGCAGCCGAUGUUGGAGUGGAGCAUCGUACAUCAAAUACCUAAGUCAGAUUGAUAAGUUUGUCAAUCGUGCCUAUAGAAAUGGUUAUAGAAGCAACAGAUCAGAUUUUAAAGCAACAAUAUCGAACAGAGACAAGAAAUUAUUGUCAAGAAUUAUAAAUGAUGAUAAGAAUGCUUUACACAAUCUUUUACCUAGUAAGUUGAAUGGACCUUUAAGACGGAGAGGUCAUGACUUUGAACUACCAAUUGUUAAAACUGAGAGAUUCAAAAACGCGUUUAUAAAUAGAUGUCUUUUCAAUUUUAUAUAAAGACUUAUUAUUAUUAUUAUCUCAGCAUAGUUGCUUGAGUCCUUCUGAGUCCUUCUGACUCAAUUUGAAGUUGGCAAAAUUGAGUCGCAGUGUGGUUUCUGACCUGUGGGAAAAACACGGUGGCAGCACUAGUCAUUACUAUUGAUGACCAUGGCAUUUUCCACCAGUUUUGAUUCUGCUAUUUUCAAUAUCCAACAUUUUCUUGCAUCGUGAGAUUGACAAAGACGAUUGGAAGGCAAGCUACAACAGUCACCCGCCUCGCGACAUGAGUGUCAACAAACCAUAACCAACAGUCGAGACAGGGGUUGAAACACAGCGGCAGACAAAAGCGUGCGCAUAAAGAAAUGCAGCACUAACAGAUCAGAGACUUACCCACAUGUGACCAUUGAGACUCUCAUUCCCACAAUGGUCUAUACAGCCACGACCGAUGCUGCUCCACUCGAGUAGAGAAAAAUAUUAUUUGUAAUCCUAACAUAGACGUCGCAACUGCUGAUAAAACGUAAUACUUUGAAAUAGUUUAAUUUACAUACAGAUAUGUAUUUAGCGGUAUCAACCCAUGAUUUCGUCCGUAACUAAAUGGUGAGAUUCUGACUUGCAAGUAGCUGUGUUUAACCCACGUCUGUUGCUGUUGUUCCUUGCAUCAUUGACAGAAACGUACUUGGGGUUUAUGAGAAAGACAACGUCCCCCCCCCCCCUUCCCAAACUCCGAAUAUUUGACAACAUGAACGAAACAUGAUUUGCAGUGUAAUGAAUUUGUACCAAUAGUUUUAUAUGCCCCCGCGGGACUUAUUUAUUUCAGGCAGGUUUGAGAGGAGUUAAUAGUGGAUUUAAGGUGGCUCGAUACACUUUUCAAAAAUUCAGGUGUUCAACACUUUGACAUGUUCAAACUACGCAUUCUUAGGAUUUAUUCAGCAGAUAUUGGGUUUUUAUAUAUGUUGAUAUCUCUAGUUUCAAAUUAUAUUACUUUUAGUGACAAAUAGUUCGUUGCUAUGAUGACAUACGUGUGCGAAAUUCACUCCAAGUCAAUGGGUAUAGUUGGAAAAGAAGCAUGGUGACCCCGAAUUUUUUUCGUGCAUUAUUUUGCUUGGAAGAAAAACUAACAAUUAGCAAAAUAUAAAAAAAUUCUGUAAUGCCAUUUUUUUGGAAAAUGUCGUAAUGCAAAAUUUGAACAUAGGUCACCAGACAAAAUAGAGAGAUAUAGCGCAUUGUUUUUUUAACAUUGAAAAUUCUAAUGACGUCAGCAAUUGACAUAAAACGCUAUAAAACACGCGCAGUGACAUUUUGGAAGUUCUUUCAUUUUGUUAAUCAGUUUCUGCGACCUGCGCGUAAAAGUGGUCACCCGGUUUUGUUCGCGAUUCUUGAGCAGGGUUUUUGUGAUAACUAUAUCGAGCCACCUUAAGGUAUUCCAAAAUAAAGUAGCAUCAAGCAAUUAAUGAAAUGAAAUGUAGAAGAUGACUGAAAUACAAGUUACAAUUAUUAUUGUGAAACUUAUUAAUAAUUCAUGACGAAAACACAAAAGAAAUCAUGACCGUGAAGGAGUUUGUAAAGCUGAUACAAAAUCAUGCUGAUUUACAUAAAUUUUAAGGUGGCUCGAUACAGUUUUCAAUAGUUUGACAGUUGUUAACGUCUUAUUCCUAGGUUUUAUGCAGCAGAUAUCAGGAUGUUCAUCUAUUUUGAUGUUUCUUCUUUCAAUUUAUGUCGGUUUUAGUAACACAUAGUUCGUUACUAUGACAACACACGCGUAGAAAUUCACUCUAAAAUAGCCAAUUGCUUUGUGUAGUUUGAAAAGAAGCACGGUGACCCCCCAAAUGUUUUUUCCUGGACUAUGUUACCUUCAACAUAAACUGACAAUAAUCAAAAUAUAAAAAAAACCUCUGUAAUACCAGUUGGUCUAUUGGAAGACUUUUGCAGUACAAUACAGUGUGUAAAAUUUCAACCAACAUGAAAUAACGCACUAUUUUUCAAAAAUUGACAUUUCUAAUGACGUCAGCAAUAGACAUGCAUUGCGUUAUAAAUCCAGUAUAAAACACGUACAGUGGCGCAAGAUGACGCCAGGUCAUGUAUGUAAGUGCUUUCGUUAAUAUCCGUAAUAAUAACGUUUUGUUUUCGCGAUUCUUGUUUAAGGGAAUUUGUAUAGAUUCGAUACUCGAUAUCGAUGCGAUAUCGAGCCACCUCAAGUUCAUUUUUCUCACUCAAAUAUCAUCCAUUUAUGUUAAAUUGUUGAGGAAUACGUAUGUUCCCAUCAAGUCAUUUCACAAGUGAUUUACAACAUUCGCGUGUUGUAUCGGAUAUACAAAUUCUCGCCUUCGGCUAGAGUCCUGAAGCUAAAACGUUCCAACUUUUUAGAUGUAAUUAACAGUUAUAAAACAAGAAAAUACUCUAGGUACAUUUUUUAGCUCGUAAGUGUGUCACUUUUACUAUAGAUGUUUUGUUACUAUUUAGGUGUAGCACCGUUUCCCGGCGCCACUACUGGUACAGGUGGUCGAAUACGAGAUGUCCAAGCAGCAGGAACUGGAUCAAAUGUUGUAGCUGGAACUGCCGGUUAUUGUUUUGGGAAUCUAAAUAUUCCAGGUAAUAUACAGUAAGGAUGAAUCCAACCAGAUUUGGUAGGGGUGUGUGGGAGUUGUGCGGGGGUGUUCAUCGAUCUUUGGUCAUGGUUAGGGGUGCGACAGACCAAAUGUCUAAUCACUUGAGGGAGCUAUACAGUAGCAAGGCACUACUAGUCUGUAGUCUCAUUUAUUUUCUUUCACUUUACUUUUCUGUACUAACAUUUCUUAAGUGUUUAAAUAUUUUUCUUCUACCAUGCCACAGGUUACGAAUUACCGUGGGAAGCCAGUGAUUGGACAUAUCCACCGAAUUUUGCAUCACCCUGUGAAAUUGCGAUAGAAGCAAGUAAUGGCGCCUCUGACUAUGGAAACAAGUUUGGUGAACCUGUUUUAGCAGGUUUUUCUCGCUCAUUUGGCAUGUUGUUAGGAAAUAAAGAACGAAGAGAGUGGAUUAAACCCAUCAUGUUUAGUGGUGGCAUUGGAUCCAUUGAUUGCAGACAUGCUUGUAAACAUCCUCCCGAAACAGGUUUGUCAUCUUUUAUUAGCAGAUGUUUUAUAUAUACAUUGGGGUUGUUUCUAUAUGUUUACUUAUGCAACAUUUUAGAAACUUUAGUUUCAGUCAAUUCAGAAAAGAUUUGAGGAAAUGAAUUUCAAAGUUUAUUUUCUUUAAGCUGAGAAAGGAAAAGUCGGUUUGCUUGAAAAUACGUAAUAGAAAAAUACCAUCACUUGUGUGCCUGUCAACGACAUAUUUCAGCAGUUAAUGUUAACUCAAACCUCGAAGUCUACAUCGACAGACUAGAGAUAAAUAUGUAACAAAAUCGUUGGUUGAGAUGUUUUGGGCCCUCGAGUCCUUCAGGAGGUCAGACCUAACAAAAAAUAUCCUGUGGUUCCGCACUUCCGCCUUCUCAACUGAUCUAUUUUUGUUGACUCUAAUGUUUUAUGUGGUCGGGGCUGCCUUUUUUUCCCGUUUUCCAUUGUCACAUUGGCGUCCAUUGUCACAGCAAUGCCAACUAAUCACACUCAUGGUUAAUGUCAAGCAAAAAAAAUCAAUAAUGUUUUUUUCGACCAACGUAAACUUCAAAGUGUCUAAUUAAUACUUUACAGUUAUGCAUUUAUUUCAAACAAUCUCUAUAUUUGAUUGUUAACGGCUUGACCCUAUUCAUGUAUGUUUGGCGUAUAUUUAGGAAUGAAUGUUGUAAAGAUUGGUGGUCCAAUCUACCGUAUUGGGGUGGGUGGAGGUUCUGCAUCGUCAAUCCAAGUUCAGGGAGAUAAUGCAAGUGAACUAGACUUUGGUGCUGUACAGAGAGGUGAUGCUGAAAUGGAACAGAAAUUAAACAGAGCCAUUCGUGCCUGUAUAGAAAUGAAAGAGAAUAAUCCAAUAUGCAGUAUCCAUGAUCAAGGAGCUGGAGGAAAUGGUAGGAUUUCCGUUUUCUUCGUAAAGUUUCAUUGCCAUACAAUUGUUGGUUGUAUAUUUAGGCAUAAAGUGAAAAUGUCAUUGUGGGUUCAACUGAAAGAAAUUGUAGUUUACAACUGACCAUCAGUGUAUUAAAUGUUUGUUGUUGCAAUUAUUUAUCCAGGUAAUGUUUUGAAAGAGCUUGUUGAACCAACCGGAGCGAUCAUUCACGCUGAAGCUUUCAAACUUGGCGACCCCACUAUAUCAACACUUGAAUUAUGGGGAGCUGAGUACCAGGAAAGUAAUGCAUUACUUGUAAGACCAGAACACCGCGCCAUACUAGAGAAGAUUUGUAAGAGAGAAAAAGUGGACGUUUGUUUUGUUGGCAAUGUAACAGGUGGGAUGUAAAAUCAUCAAUAUACUGUAGUUACUCGCUGGG